AUGGGAUACUGCUCUUUACCAUGCUACCAGAGUGAGAAGCAUGCUGUUUGCUCAGAAGCCUUCUACAAGGAGUGUGUUAUCAGUGAACUUAAGGAAAUGAAUACUUCAUCACAAGAUCGAGACAAAGUUCUGAAGAUGCUGUCUGAAGAUUUGGAACAGAAAGCUGAAGAGGAUUCUGACAGUGGGGAGGAGGAUGACCUUGAACGCAGACUUCAUGGCUUGGAUAUGGACAGAGAUAUCCAUUUGGUAUGGAGUCGGCUCACCCAGAAGGAGAAAGAGGAUUUUGCACGCAUGUUGCAGGAUGGCAGGUUAGCCAGGUUAAUUGAAAUCUGGACUCCUUGGUGGAGAUGUAAGGAAAAUCACAAGCUAGUAAAAGAGCAAGAAAGAGUUGCUGGUCUUUGUGAGGGAACCAGAAGAAUGCCAGAUAUUUUGGAAGACAUACCAGACAUCAGCACACUUCUAAAGAGCGGACAGCCUGCUGUUGAAUGUAGGUUUGAUCUGAUAAAUAUUUUAUAUGGCUACUGUUUUGUUUCACGUAUUCACAAUGGCUGUCAUAUGGAAUGCCCUGUUGAUAGUACUCAGGAUCUUCUUGAUGUAUCUGCUGUGUUGCGGGAUCAAUAUAGGUGUGGAAGCACAGGCGAUGCAAUCCAAAAGGCUUUUGAUGAUGUGUGUAAGAGUGGCAAGAAAUCUGAAGGUGUAUCAAAAGAGUUCAACCUCACUGUGCUGGAGGAUGUCAAAGUGAUCAUCAGUGGUCCUGGCCAGGCAAAAAGCUUGACCUUCAUGUCAGCGGCUCUAUCAGACCUCAUUUUAUUGUUGAGAUCAGCUCUGGUCAUCAUCAAGAAAGAACUGAAAAGUCAUGAUGAGGCUGAAAGCAGAAAUUUGACUGAGUUGAAAGCUCUGAAGUCACAAGUGUUCAAGGCAGAGAAAAAGCUGAUGUUUCUGCUGAGCUGGAUUCAGCAUUUUGGCACUUCAGUGCAACAGUUACUGCCCAUGUUGCAGUUUGAGAUUGAAACUAGACAGUCUGAAAUUGAAGAUGUUGAAGAAAUCAAGACAUUGGUUGAACAUAACAUGGACAAGUUGAAACCUCCAGAUACCACACAUGCAGAAAAUAGUAGCACAGAGACCAUUCACAGAAAAAUUGUUGAAUUAGACUGA